GAAAACAGGAAUGACAUGAACCCGCGCGGAACAGCUGCCGGCGCGGUGUCCAGGGCAGCACCCCGCCCGGUCCCGGCCCCUCCAGCCCCGGGCCCGACCCCUCCUACGCCUCUGCCUCGACGCGAACGCGGAGCCCGAGCGCGCGUCACGCCGUGUGGGGCCGAAGAGGCUGCUACCCAGAGGCGGAGUGCGGGCUCGCGAGGGUCCCCGCCCCACUCUCGCUCCCGCCAGCACCAACGGACUCGCGUCCUCGCCGCGCGCCGACUCGGGAGCAGCACCGCCCCCGGCACAGGAGCCUCACGCGCCUCUUACCUAACAGGAAGUUGUGUGGAAGCAGCGCGGACCCACGGCGCACCGAACGCACUCCAACAGAACCCGACGCAGACACGCGCUUUCAACCGGCGGAGACACCGGCAGGGCCAGAAACGCGCGCAGCGGGGGCCGGAGGUCUCUUCACCGUCCGCCCAUCCUGUCGCGCGCCGCGUCAGGUCCCCAUUCGGCAUGUGGCUUGUCUUCCGUCGUCCCCACCCUCGCCCCUCUUGGCCCCUCAGGGCAGCCCUGGGAUUCGGCAGACGCCAGUCCUCCCUGAGAUGCUUCCCCAUCCUUCCCUCCGCCAGGCCCUACGUCUCCGCAAACCCCACGCUUCGGGGUGGCCGCCUCAGACAGGACCCUGAGUCCGAGACUGGGGUAGGGGACCUGCCCGAUCCUGUAACAACCCUCGUGCUUCUGCGCAAUCGCCUCCCACUAGCGGUGAGUGUUGGGUGUUUACCUUCCCGGUGUCCCACUGAGAAGCGGGCUCUUCCUUGGCGGGGGCUUCUUCAUUGCCUCGCUGUGGGUGUCGAGGUGGGGCAGGAGAGUGAGGAGAAAACAGAGAGGAGGGAGGUAGAGCCAACGAGCGAGAAAAGGGGAGGGAAAUUUAGAUGGAAAGUGGAUGGGUCUGAGGAAUUUGAACAAACACUGACAAUGAAGGAGAGUGACCUGAGCAAGUAGUAGUGGGGUAAAUGGAAAUAGACAAAAUGGGAAUCAGCAGAGAUAUGGAGGACAGAAUACAAUGAGGAGGCCUUGACCGUCAGUAGCAGAGAGGGCAACAGAAGCCUAAUUCCCAAAUUCCUUAGAUGGUUUUCUGAUUUCCAAAUUAGUUUCCCUUUUAAAUUUAUUGUGUCAGGUUCAGCUUAUGAGGCCUCAAUACUUUUCAGUCUUAAUUGUAUAUUGAAAAUACUUUUUGUUUACUAAAUACUUUUUACAUUAAUUCAGUGUGCACUCCGUAAGGAUAUUGAUGAUUUGAGUUAGUUUAGUAUUCAACAGCUUCCUCUAUUCCUUUAUAUGAUCUCUGUAUUUAAUGGCUGUGGCAUAAAGUUUCCAACUAAGUAUAAGUAUCAAGUUUUCUUUGUGCUGUUUUCUGCAAAUAUUGAAGGAUGACCUGGAUUGUCCUAGAACUUUGUUCCAACAGAUUACAUGUGUUCAUAAUGAAUAAAUUGCUCAAAGAUAUUUCCAAAGCUCACCUUUUAUGUUUUUCAGUUCCAAUAAUUACAUCUUUUUAAGGUUUAUAUUUUUUGAUGACUUAAUGUGAUGUUCUGGAGAAGACAAAUGCUUUUAAUCAAUAUGAUUAAAACCGUGAAAGACAAAUCGCUGUUACUUAAGAGUGUGACAUAUGAUCUGAAAUCUUUAGGGGGCAGGGAUGUUAAGGGAAAACUGCCGCUAUCGUAUCAAGGUCAUGCCAUUCCUGUGAAGCUGGUGCUGGUUACUCUCUACUGGCUUCUGUUCACCUUUCCACCGGCCCCAAGACACACACAUAGUGACACAAGGCAGUGGACAGGGAAAGAGCAAGACUUUAUAAAGUAAGCACAGAACAAAGGUAUCUUUCUAAUGAGUAGGAGGUGUUGGUUCUGGGAAGGAAGCUUGGUUUUUGGGUAUUCAGGAUCCAGAAGUGAGAGAGCCUGGGAAGUUCAGGAACCAGAGAAAGAAAAAGACUUGCCCAUUCUCACCCAUGACCCUGUGCUCAGCAGGUACUAGCAGAGACUUCAGGCUCUGUGACUAAAAGGGGUCAGACCAGUUGAUAUACCCACAGCUGCCAUGUAAGGAUGUGUGUGGACUUCACUAGGGAAGAACGGUGUUAUGAAAGAAGGGGCAGGAAAACUCACCUGUUGGUCUCCAUGUAGACGUUUAUUGUCCUGAAUUCCUGGAGGUUCAGUGAAAAGCAGAAGAUUGUCUUUUACACAUGUUGAGUUAUGCCCCCAUAUAUGUGGUUGUGGUAAAGAAAGAGGGUGUGUUGAUGAGAGGUCCUGAAAUGCAUUUUCCUAAUACUCAGCAGGGGCUUCUCAAGAAGGAUCUUCCCUAAGAAAGAAGCUCAGAGAACAAAAAUGGAGAAGGAUUAGAUAUGGCACUUUCACUGGAAAAAGUCAUGUUAUUCAUUGAUUGUUUUGUCAUCUCCCUCCUUAAGUGUUGUUUUUAGGAUGUGGUAAUCUCUGACCCUGCCUAACACAUUUCCCAACUCACCCAUAGCCUUCCCUUAACGUCCUCCCAUCUUCACACUAUCACACUGUGACCCAGUGAAUUCGAACUUGCGAAGUUCCAUUCGGGGGGUCAUAUGGGAAGGGCUUCACACCCAGACAUAGAUUAUAGAUGGGAAGUGGGCCACAUGGUGUCAGUGAGGCAAGUAUGGAUCGUUUAGGGACAAUGCACUGUCAGAACUUUGUUGACCAUGAUUAGAGAAACUGUGCAUAUUAGUAGUGAAUUAGUGUCAGGAAUACCUGACAAAUCCUGGAAAAGAAGAUUGAUGAGAGGAAAUGUGUUCUGCCCAACUGUAUAAUGCAUUUGAAGCUUAAAACAAUGAAUCAGUAUUGAUCUGGUCACAAAAUAUUAAUGAUUUGAAUUAAAAAGAAAAGUUUAGAAAAUGAUAGCUUUGACAAAUUGGGGUAGCAUUUCAUCCACACGAUGGAGUGUGUUUUGUUCAGUAAUUGAUUUAAAAAUGGAAUCAACCUAAGUGUCUAACAGGAGGGAGUUUUAUAAAUUGUUCACAGAGCAUCUGUUCCAAGGAGGCCUUGAUGUUCAUAGAUUUGUAAAGAAUGCUGUUUACUAGCACACUGACUCCUCUGCAAAUGUCUGAGGGUUCCUCCACUUGGGGCAAGUUGGGGGUUUGAUCGCAGAGUAAAUAAAUGGUGCAUUUUAUAAUGUAAUAUAUUCUAGCAAGAUGCAGCCCACAAACUGUAUAGAUACUCUUAUGUACCACGUAAAGUUCAUGUACUACUUUAACCAGAACUUGAUACUGUAUGUAUGUUUUUUUUUAGAUUUGGAUAAAAUGACAACUCAUUGUUAUUUCCAGUUCACAAAGUAAUUGUGAGGCUGAAUAAAUUUUAUUAUUUUAUAGACAUAUAUGUAAAAUGAAUUUUUCUAUGAAACUCAUUUUUGAUGUAUAUUAGAUGCUAUUUUAUAUUCUGUAGUUUAAUUAUAUGUACGCACACACAAACACACACUUCGGUGUCUUAUUAUGUUUCUGCAGUGAAACCAAAAUCCUUCCUUCACGUCCUUUGAUUUUGUUUUCCUCAGGAAGGCAGGAGCUAUUGUAUAUGAUAAAAUAUUAUGUUUUAUUCAGUCCACUUAUGAAAUUGUUUAACAUUGUUAUAAAUAUUUAUAUAACUUAUUUUAAAUUUCCAAAUAACAUAGGUUACAUGAAAUUUGACAACUUAAUUUUUUUCUUUUCACAACUAUUUUGACUGUACACUCACCAAAAAUCAAAAUUUAGACAAAAUUGACUUUUAGACUAAUUCUCAUUUUUUACAUGUAAAAGACCACAUGGGACUUUUAAGUCUAGGUUGCCCUGAGUCUACAGUCACGGAGGUUUUAUGUCACUAUGUCCUCCAUACUAAUAAUAUGAUUUUCAGGCUUUAUUCAUGUCAUUUUUAUAUCCUCAUUAAGUUUUAAAAUUUAUUUACUUGAGUCUACAAAUUUAUUUCAAAUCGUAGUCAUAAUAUUUGGCUGUUGUAAAUAGACACUGAUUUUGCGUGUUUGCUUUUUUUAAGGACUAAUGUUGCUGGACAGGCAGGUAUUAGAGACAGGGUGGAUCUGCUGGACAGGCAGGUAGUGUAGAUGGCGUGGAUCUACCGGCCAGGCAGGUAGUGUAGACAGGGUGGAUCUGUUGGGUAGGCAGGUAGUGUAGACAGGAUGGAUCUGCUGGACAGGCAGGCAGUAUAGACAGAGUCGAUCUGCUGGACAGGCCGGUAGUAUAGACAGGGCGGAUGUGCUGGCCAGGCAGGUAGUAUAGAAAGGGCGGAUCUGCUGGCCAGGCAGGUAGUGAAGACAGGGCGGAUGUGCGGGCCAGGCAGGUAGUAUAGAAAGGGCGGAUCUGCUGGACAGGCAGGUAGUGUAGACAGGGUGGAUCUGCUGGGCAGGCAGGUAGUGUAGACAGGGUAGAUCUGCUGGAUAGGCAGGUAGUAUAGACAGGGUGAAUCUGCUGGACAGGCAGGUAGUGUAGACAGGGUGGAUCUGCUGGACAGGCAGGUAGUGUAGAUAGGGUGGACCUGCUGGACAAGCAGCUAGUGUAGACAGGGUGGACCUGCUGGACAAGCAGGUAGUGUAGACAGGGUGGAUCUGCUGGCCAGGCAGGUAGUGUAGAUAGCAUGGAUCUAUUGGCUAGGCAGGUAGUGUAGACAGGGCGGAUCUGCUGGACAGGCAGGUAGUAUAGACAGGGUGGAUGUGCUGGAGAGGCAGGUAGUAUAGAGAGGGCGGAUCUGCUGGACAGGCAGGUAGUGUAGAGAGAGUGGAUCUGCUGGACAGGCAAGUAGUAUAGACAGGGCGGGUCUGCUGGACAGGGAGGUAGUGGAGAUAGCAUGGAACUACUGGCCAGGCAGGUACUGUAGACAGGGUGGAUCUGCUGGGCAGGGAGGUAGCGUAGACAGGGUGGACCUGCUGGAUAGGCAGGUAGUGUAGAAAGGGUGGAUCUGCUUGAUAGGCAGGUAGUAUAGACAGGGUGGAUCUCCUCGACAGGCAGGUAGUGUAGAUAGCGGGGAUCUACUGGCCAGCCAGGUAAUGUAGACAGGGUGAAUCUACUGGCCAGCCAGGUAGUGUAGACAGGGUGGAUCUGCUGGGCAGGCAGGUAGUGUAGACAGGGUGCAUCUGCAGGAGAAGCAGGUAGUGUAGACAGGGUGGAUCUGCUGGCCAGGCAGGUAGUGUAGAUAGCGUGGAUCUGCUGGCCAGGCAGGUAGUAUAGACAGGGUGGAUCUGCUGGGCAGUCAGGUAGUGUAGACAGGGUGGAUCGGCUGGACAGGCAGGUAGUGUAGAUAGGGUGCACGUGCUGGACAGGCUGGCAGUGUAGACAGGGUGGACCUGCUGGACAAGCAGGUAGUGUAGACAGGGUGCAUCUGCUGGCAAGGCAUGUAGUUGUAGAUAGCUUGGAUCUACUGGCCAGGCAGGUAGUGUAGACAGGGUCGAUGUGCUGGAUACGCAGGUAGUAUAGAGAGGGUGGAUCUGCUGGACAGACAGGUAGUGUAGACGGGGUGGAUCUGCUGGCAGGCACAUAGUGUAGACAGGGUGGACGUGCUGGACAAGCAGGUAGCGUAGAGAGGGUGGAUCUGCUGGCCAGGCAGGUAGUGUAGACAGGGUGGAUCUGCUGGGCAAGCAGGUAGUGUAUACAGGGUUUACCUGCUGGAUAGGCAGGUAGUAUAGACAGGGUGGAUCUGCUCGAAAGGCAGGUAGUAUAGACAGGGUGGAUCUGCUGGACAGGCAGGGAGUGUAGAUAGCAUGGAUCUAAUGGCCAGGCAGGUAGUGUAGACAGGGUGGAUGUGCUGGGCAGGCAGGUAGUGUAGACAGGGUGGACCUGCUGGACAAGCAAGUGGUGUAGACAGGGCGGAUCUGCUGGCCAGGCAGGUAGUGUAGAUAGCGUGGAUCUACUGGCCAGGGAGGUAGUAUAGACAGGGUGGAUAUGCUGGGCAGGCAGAUAGUGUAGACAGGGUGGAUAUACUGGACAAGCAGGUAGUGUAGACAGGGCGGAUCUGCUGGGCAGGCAGGUAGUGUAGACAGGGCGGACCUGCUGGGCAGGCACGUAGUUUAGACAGGGUGGUCUGCUGGACAGGCAGGUAGUAUAGACACGGUGGAUCUGCUGGCCAGGCAGGUAGUAUAGACAGGGUGGGUCAGCUGGCCAGGGAGGGAGUAUAGACAGGGUGGAUCUGCUGGACAGGCAGGUAGUAUAGACAGGGUGUAUCUGCUGGCCAGGUAGGUAGUGUAGAUAGCGUGGAGAUAAUGGCCAUGCAGGUAGUGUAGACAGGGUGGAUCUGCUGGCCAGGCAGGUAGUGUAGAUAGCGUGGAUCUACUGGACAGGAAGGUAGUGUAGACCGGGUGGACCUGCUGGGCAGGCAGGUAGUGUAGACAGGGUGGAUCUGCUGACCAGGCAGGUAUUAUAGAUAGGGUGGAUCUGCUGGACAGGCAGGUAGUAUAGACAGGGCGGAUCUGCUGGCCAGGGAGGUAGUAUAGACAGGGCGGAUAUGCUGGACAGGCAGGUAGUGUAGACAGGGUGGAUCUGCUGGGCAGGCAGGUAGUGUAGACAGGGUGCAUCUGCAGGAGAAGCAGGUAGUGUAGACAGGGUGGAUCUGCUGGCCAGGCAGGUAGUGUAGAUAGCGUGGAUCUGCUGGCCAGGCAGGUAGUAUAGACAGGGUGGAUCUGCUGGGCAGUCAGGUAGUGUAGACAGGGUAGAUCUGCUGGAUAGGCAGGUAGAAUAGACAGGGUGGAUCUGCUGGACAGGCAGGCAGUGUAGACAGGGUGGAUCGGCUGGACAGGCAGGUAGUGUAGAUAGGGUGCACGUGCUGGACAGGCUGGCAGUGUAGACAGGGUGGACCUGCUGGACAAGCAGGUAGUGUAGACAGGGUGCAUCUGCUGGCAAGGCAUGUAGUUGUAGAUAGCUUGGAUCUACUGGCCAGGCAGGUAGUGUAGACAGGGUCGAUGUGCUGGAUAGGCAGGUAGUAUAGAGAGGGUGGAUCUGCUGGACAGGCAGGUAGUGGAGAUAGCGUGGAUCUACUGGCCAGGCAGGUAGUGUAGACAGGGUGGAUCUGCUGGGCAAGCAGGUAGUGUAUACAGGGUUUACCUGCUGGAUAGGCAGGUAGUAUAGACAGGGUGGAUCUGCUCGAAAGGCAGGUAGUAUAGACAGGGUGGAUCUGCUGGACAGGCAGGGAGUGUAGAUAGCAUGGAUCUAAUGGCCAGGCAGGUAGUGUAGACAGGGUGGAUGUGCUGGGCAGGCAGGUAGUGUAGACAGGGUGGACCUGCUGGACAAGCAAGUGGUGUAGACAGGGCGGAUCUGCUGGCCAGGCAGGUAGUGUAGAUAGCGUGGAUCUACUGGCCAGGGAGGUAGUGUAGACAGGGUGGAUAUACUGGACAAGCAGGUAGUGUAGACAGGGCGGAUCUGCUGGGCAGGCAGGUAGUGUAGACAGGGCGGACCUGCUGGGCAGGCACGUAGUUUAGACAGGGUGGUCUGCUGGACAGGCAGGUAGUAUAGACACGGUGGAUCUGCUGGCCAGGCAGGUAGUAUAGACAGGGUGGGUCAGCUGGCCAGGGAGGGAGUAUAGACAGGGUGGAUCUGCUGGACAGGCAGGUAGUAUAGACAGGGUGUAUCUGCUGGCCAGGUAGGUAGUGUAGAUAGCGUGGAGAUAAUGGCCACGCAGGUAGUGUAGACAGGGUGGAUCUGCUGGCCAGGCAGGUAGUGUAGAUAGCGUGGAUCUACUGGACAGGAAGGUAGUGUAGACCGGGUGGACCUGCUGGGCAGGCAGGUAGUGUAGACAGGGUGGAUCUGCUGACCAGGCAGGUAUUAUAGAUAGGGUGGAUCUGCUGGACAGGCAGGUAGUAUAGACAGGGCGGGUCUGCUGGCCAGGGAGGUAGUAUAGACAGGGCGGAUAUGCUGGACAGGCAGGUAGUGUAGACAGGGUAGAUCUGCGGGACAGGCAGGUAAUAUAGACAGGGUGGAUCAGCUGGACAGGCAGGUAGUGUAGAGAGGAUGGAUCUGAUGGACAGGCAGGUAGUGUAGAUAGGGUGGACCUGCUGGACAGGCAGCUAGUGCAGACAGGGUGGAUCUGCUGGCCAGGCAGGUAGUGUGGAUAGCGUGGAUCUAUUGGCCAGGCAGGUAGUGUAGAAAGGGCAGAUCUGCUGGUCAGGUAGGUAGUAUAGACAGGGCGGAUCUGCUGGACAGGCAGGUAGUGGAGAUAGCGUGGAUGUAUUGGCCUGGCAGGUAGUAUAGACAGGGUGGAUCUGCUGGCCCGGCAGAUAGUGUAGAUAGCAUGGAUCUACUGGCCAGGUAGGUAGUGUAGAUGGGGUCGAUCUACUGGGCAGGGGGUAGUGUAGACAGGGUAGACCUGCUGGAUGGGCAGGUUGUAUAGACAGGGUGGGUCUGCUCAAUGAGCAGGUAGUAUAGACAGGGUGGAUUGCAGGACAGGCAGGUAGUGUAGACAGAGUGGAUCUGCUGGACAGGCAGGUAGUGUAGACAGGGUGGACCUGCUGGACAAGUAGGUAGAGUAGACAGGGUGGAUCUGCUCGCCAGGUAGGUAAUGAAGACAGGGUGAUCCUGCUGGGCAGGUAGGUAGUGUAGACAGGGUAGAUAUGCUGGAUAGGCAGGUAGUAUAGACAGGGUGGAUCUGCUGGACAGGCAGGUAGUGUAGACAGGGUGGAUCUGCUGGACAGGCAGGUGGUGUAGACAGGGUGGACGUGCUGGACAAGCAGGUAGAGUAGACAGGGUGGAUCUGCUCGCCAGGUAGGUAGUGAAGAGAGGGUGGAUCUGCUGGGCAGGCAGGUAGUUUAGACAAGGUAGAUAUGCUGGAUAGGCAGGUAGUAUAGACAGGGUGGAUCUGCUGGACAGGCAGGUAGUAUAGACAGGGUGGAUCUGCUGGACAGGCAGGUAGUGUAGACAGGGUGGAUCUGCUGGACAGGCAGGUGGUGUAGACAGGGUGGACGUGCUGGACAAGCAGGUAGAGUAGAGAAGGUGGAUCUGCUCACCAGGUAGGUAGUGAAGAGAGGGUGGAUCUGCUGGGCAGGCAGGUAGUUUAGACAAGGUAGAUAUGCUGGAUAGGCAGGUAGUAUAGACAGGGUGGAUCUGCUGGACAGGCAGGUAGUAUAGACAGGGUGGAUCUGCUGGACAGGCAGGUAGUGUACUUAGGGUGCAGCUGCUGGACAGGCAGGUAGUGUAGACAGGGUGGACCUGCUGGACAAGGAUGUAGUGUAGACAGGGUGGAUCUCCUGGUCAAGCAGGUAGUGUAGACAGGGUGGACCUGCUGGACAGGCAAGUAGUGUAGACAGUGCAGAUCUGCUGGCCAGGCAGGUAGUGUAGAUUGCGUGGAUCUACUGGCCAGGCAGGUAGUAUAGACAGGGUGGAUCUGCUGAGCAGGCAGGUAGUGUAGACAGGGUGGAUCCGCUGGACAAGCAGGUUGUGUAGACAGGGCGGAUCUGCUGUGUAGUCAGGUAGUAUGGGCAGGGCGGAUCUGCUGGGCAGGCAGGUAGUGUAGACAGGAUGGUCUGCUGGACAGGCAGGUACUGUAGACACGGUGGAUCUGCUGGCCAGGCAGGUAGUGUAGAUAGCGUGGAUCUGCUGGCCAGCAAGGUAGUGUAGACAGAGUGGAUCUGCUGGACAGGCAGGUAGUGGAGACAGGGCGGAUCGUACAAGCAGGUAGUAUAGACAGGGUGGAUCUGCUGGGCAGGCAGGUAGUGUAGACAGGGUAGAUCUGCUGGACAGGCAAGUAGUAUAGACAGGGCGGGUCUGCUGGACAGGUAGGUAGUGAAGAUAGCGUGGAACUACUGGCCAGGCAGGUAUUGUAGACAGGGUGGAUCUGCUGGGCAGGCAUGUAGUGUAUACAGGGUGGACCUGCUGGACAAGCAGGUAGUGUAGACAGGGUAGAUCUGCUGGCCCGGCAGGUAGUUUAGAUAGCGUGGAUCUACUGGCCAGGCAGGUAGUGUAGACAGGGUCGAUCUACUGGGCAAGGGGUAGUGUAGACAGGGUGGACCUGAUGGAUGGGCAGGUUGUAUAGACAGGGUGGAUCUGCUCAAUGGGCAGGUAGUAUAGACAGGGUGGAUCUGCUGGACAGGCAGGCAGUGUAGACAGAGUGGAUCUGCUGGACAGGCAGGUAGUGUAGACAGGGUGGACCUGCUGGACAAGUAGGUAGAGUAGACAGGGUGGAUCUGCUCGCCAGGUAGGUAGUGAAGACAGGGUGGAUCUGCUCGCCAGGUAGGUAGUGAAGACAGGGUCGAUCUGUUGGACAGGUAGGUAGUGUAGACAGGGUAGAUAUGCUGGAUAGGCAGGUAGUAUAGACAGGGUGGAUCUGCUGGACAGGCAGGUAGUGUAGACAGGGUGGAUCUGCUGGAUAGGCAGGUAGUGUAUUUAGGGUGCACCUGCUGGACAGGCAGGUAGUGUAGACAGGGUGGAUCUGCUGAACCCGCAGGUAGAGUAGACAGGGUGAAUCUGCUCUCCAGGUAGGUAGUGAAGACAGGGUGGAUCUGCUGGGCAGGUAGGUAGUGAAGACAGGGUCGAUCUGUUGGACAGGUAGGUGGUGUAGACAGGGUAGAUAUGCUGGAUAGGCAGGUAGUAUAGACAGUGUGGAUCUGCUGGACAGGCAGGUGGUGUAGACAGGGUGGACGUGCUGGACAAGCAGGUAGAGUAGACAGGGUGGAUCUGCUCGCCAGGUAGGUAGUGAAGAGAGGGUGGAUCUGCUGGGCAGGCAGGUAGUUUAGACAAGGUAGAUAUGCUGGAUAGGCAGGUAGUAUAGACAGGGUGGAUCUGCUGGACAGGCAGGUAGUAUAGACAGGGUGGAUCUGCUGGACAGGCAGGUAGUGUAGACAGGGUGGAUCUGCUGGACAGGCAGGUGGUGUAGACAGGGUGGACGUGCUGGACAAGCAGGUAGAGUAGACAGGGUGAAUCUGCUCUCCAGGUAGGUAGUGAAGACAGGGUGGAUCUGCUGGGCAGGUAGGUAGUGAAGACAGGGUCGAUCUGUUGGACAGGUAGGUGGUGUAGACAGGGUAGAUAUGCUGGAUAGGCAGGUAGUAUAGACAGUGUGGAUCUGCUGGACAGGCAGGUGGUGUAGACAGGGUGGACGUGCUGAACAAGCAGGUAGAGUAGACAGGGUGGAUCUGCUCGCCAGGUAGGUAGUGAAGAGAGGGUGGAUCUGCUGGGCAGGCAGGUAGUUUAGACAAGGUAGAUAUGCUGGAUAGGCAGGUAGUAUAGACAGGGUGGAUCUGCUGGACAGGCAGGUAGUAUAGACAGGGUGGAUCUGCUGGACAGGCAGGUAGUGUACUUAGGGUGCAGCUGCUGGACAGGCAGGUAGUGUAGACAGGGUGGACCUGCUGGACAAGGAUGUAGUGUAGACAGGGUGGAUCUGCUGUCCAGGCAGGUAGAGUAGAGAGGGUCAAUCUGCUGGACAGGAAGGUAGUAAAGAGAGGAUGGAUCUGCUGGGCAGGCAGGUAGAGGAGAUAGCAUGGAUCUACUGGCCAGACAGGGUGGACCUGCAGGAUAAGCAAGUAGUGUAGACAGUGUGGAUCUGCUGGACAGGCAGGUAGUGUAGAUAGCGUGGAUCUGCUGGCCUGAUAGGGAGUAUAGACAGGGCGGAUCUGCUGGUCAGGUAGGUAGUGUAGACAGGGCGGAUCUGCUGGCCAGGCAUGUAGUGUAGAUAGGGUGGAUCUACUGGCCAGGCAGGUAGUGUAGACAGGGCGGAUCUGCUGGACAGGCAAGUAGUAUAGACAGGGUGGAUGUGCUGGAGAGGCAGGUAGUAUAGACAGGGUGGAUCUGCUGGACAGGCAGGUAGUGUAGACAGAGUGGAUCUGCUGGACAGGCAAGUAGUAUAGACAGGGCAUGUCUUCUGGACAGGCAGGUAAUGGCUAUAGCGUGGAACUACUGGCCAGGCAGGUACUAUAGACAGGUUGGAUCUGCUGGGAAGGCAGGUAGGGUAUACAGGGUGGACCUGCUUAAGAAGCAGGUAGUGAUGACAGGAUGGAUCUGCUGGCCAGGCAGGUAGUGUAGAUAGUGUGGAUCUACUGGACAAGCAGGUAGUGUAGACAGCGUGGACCUGCUGGAUAGGCAGGUAGUAUAGACAGGGUGAAUCUGCUCAACAGGCAGGUAGUAUAGACAGGGUGGAUCUGCUGGACAGGCAGGUAGUGGAGAUAGGGUGGAACUACUGGCCAGGCAGGUAGUGUAGACAGGGUGGAUCUGCUGGGCAGGCAGGUAGUGUAUACAGGGUGAACCUGCUGGACUAGCAGGUAGUGUAGACAGGGUGGAUCUCCUGGUCAAGCAGGUAGUGUAGACAGGGUGGACCUGCUGGACAGGCAAGUAGUGUAGACAGUGCGGAUCUGCUGGCCAGGCAGGUAGUGUAGAUUGCGUGGAUCUACUGGCCAGGCAGGUAGUAUAGACAGGGUGGAUCUGCUGAGCAGGCAGGUAGUGUAGACAGGGUGGAUCCGCUGGACAAGCAGGUUGUGUAGACAGGGCGGAUCUGCUGUGUAGUCAGGUAGUAUGGGCAGGGCGGAUCUGCUGGGCAGGCAGGUAGUGUAGACAGGAUGGUCUGCUGGACAGGCAGGUACUGUAGACACGGUGGAUCUGCUGGCCAGGCAGGUAGUGUAGAUAGCGUGGAUCUGCUGGCCAGCAAGGUAGUGUAGACAGAGUGGAUCUGCUGGACAGGCAGGUAGUGGAGACAUGGCGGAUCGUACAAGCAGGUAGUAUAGACAGGGUGGAUCUGCUGGGCAGGCAGGUAGUGUAGACAGGGUAGAUCUGCUGGACAGGCAAGUAGUAUAGACAGGGCGGGUCUGCUGGACAGGUAGGUAGUGAAGAUAGCGUGGAACUACUGGCCAGGCAGGUAUUGUAGACAGGGUGGAUCUGCUGGGCAGGCAUGUAGUGUAUACAGGGUGGACCUGCUGGACAAGCAGGUAGUGUAGACAGGGUAGAUCUGCUGGCCCGGCAGGUAGUUUAGAUAGCGUGGAUCUACUGGCCAGGCAGGUAGUGUAGACAGGGUCGAUCUACUGGGCAAGGGGUAGUGUAGACAGGGUGGACCUGAUGGAUGGGCAGGUUGUAUAGACAGGGUGGAUCUGCUCAAUGGGCAGGUAGUAUAGACAGGGUGGAUCUGCUGGACAGGCAGGCAGUGUAGACAGAGUGGAUCUGCUGGACAGGCAGGUAGUGUAGACAGGGUGGACCUGCUGGACAAGUAGGUAGAGUAGACAGGGUGGAUCUGCUCGCCAGGUAGGUAGUGAAGACAGGGUGGAUCUGCUCGCCAGGUAGGUAGUGAAGACAGGGUCGAUCUGUUGGACAGGUAGGUAGUGUAGACAGGGUAGAUAUGCUGGAUAGGCAGGUAGUAUAGACAGGGUGGAUCUGCUGGACAGGCAGGUAGUGUAGACAGGGUGGAUCUGCUGGAUAGGCAGGUAGUGUAUUUAGGGUGCACCUGCUGGACAGGCAGGUAGUGUAGACAGGGUGGAUCUGCUGAACCCGCAGGUAGAGUAGACAGGGUGAAUCUGCUCUCCAGGUAGGUAGUGAAGACAGGGUGGAUCUGCUGGGCAGGUAGGUAGUGAAGACAGGGUCGAUCUGUUGGACAGGUAGGUGGUGUAGACAGGGUAGAUAUGCUGGAUAGGCAGGUAGUAUAGACAGUGUGGAUCUGCUGGACAGGCAGGUAGUGUAGACAGGGUGGACCUGCUGGACAAGUAGGUAGAGUAGACAGGGUGGAUCUGCUCGCCAGGUAGGUAGUGAAGACAGGGUGGAUCUGCUCGCCAGGUAGGUAGUGAAGACAGGAUCGAUCUGUUGGACAGGUAGGUAGUGUAGACAGGGUAGAUAUGCUGGAUAGGCAGGUAGUAUAGACAGGGUGGAUCUGCUGGACAGGCAGGUAGUGUAGACAGGGUGGAUCUGCUGGAUAGGCAGGUAGUGUAUUUAGGGUGCACCUGCUGGACAGGCAGGUAGUGUAGACAGGGUGGAUCUGCUGAACCAGCAGGUAGAGUAGACAGGGUGAAUCUGCUCUCCAGGUAGGUAGUGAAGACAGGGUGGAUCUGCUGGGCAGGUAGGUAGUGAAGACAGGGUCGAUCUGUUGGACAGGUAGGUGGUGUAGACAGGGUAGAUAUGCUGGAUAGGCAGGUAGUAUAGACAGUGUGGAUCUGCUGGACAGGCAGGUACUGUAGACAGGGUCGAUCUGCUGGACAAGGAUGUAGUGUAGACAGGGUGGAUCUGCUGGUAAGGCAGGUAGUGUAGAUAGCGUGGAUCUGCUGGCCAGGCAGGUAGAGUAGAGGGGGUCAAUCUGCUGGACAGGAAGGUAGUAAAGAGAGGAUGGAUCUACUGGCCAGGCAGGUAGUGUCGACAGCUUGGAUCUGCUGGCAGGCACGUAGUGUAGACAGGGUGGACCUGCUGAACAAGCAGGUAGUGUAGACAUGGUGGAUCUGCUGGGCAGGCAGGUAGUGUAGAUAGCGUGGAUGUACUGGGCAGUCAGGUAGUGUAGAAAGGGUGGAUCUGCUGGGCAGGUAGGUAGCGUAGACAGGGUGGAUCUGCUGGACAGGUAGGUAGUAUGGACUGGGUGGAUCUGCUGGACAGGCAAGUAGUAUAGACAGGGCGGAUCUGCUGGCCAGGGAGUUAGUAUAGACAUGGCGGAUCUGCUGGACAGGCACGUAGUGUAUAGAGGGUGGACCUGCUGGACAAGCAGGUAGUGUAGACAGGGUGGAUCUGCUGGCCAGGCACGUAGUGUAGAUAGCGUGGAUCUACUGGCCAGGCAGGGAGAAUAGACAGGGUGGAUCUGCUGAGCAGGCAGGUAGUGUAGACAGGGUAGGUCUGCAGAUAGGCAGGUAGUAUAUACAGGGUGGAUCUGCUGGACAGGCAGGUAGUGUAGACAGGGUGGAUCUGCUGGACGGGCAGGUAGUGUAGAUAGGGUGGACCUGCUGGACGGGCAGCUAGUGUAGACAGGGUGUACCUGCUGGACAAACAGGUAGUGUAUACAGGGUGGUUCUGCUUGCCAGGCAGGUAGUGUAGAUAGCGUGGAUCUAUUGGCCAGGCAGGUAGUGUAGACAGGGCGGAUCUGCUGUUCAGGUAGGUAGUGUAGACAGGGCGGAUCUGAUGGCCAGGCAUGUAGUGUAGAUAGGAGGGAUCUACUGGCCAGGCAGGUAGUGUAGACAGGACGGAUCUGCUGGACAGGCAGGUAGUAUAGACAUGGUGGAUAUGCUGGAGAGGCAGGUAGUAUAGACAGGGCGGAUCUGCUGGACAGGCAGGUAGUGUAGACAGAGUGGAUCUGCUGGACAGGUAAGUAGUAUAGAGAGGGUGGGUCUGAUGGAGAGGCAGGUAGUAUAGACAGUGUGGAUCCGCUGGACAGGCAGGUAGUGUAGACACGGUGGAUCUGCUGGACAGGCAGGUAGUGUAGUUAGGGUGGCUCUGCUGGACAGGAAGGGAAUAUAGAUAGCGUGGACCUACUGGCCAGGCAGGUAGUGUAGACAGCUUGGAUCUGCUGGCAGGCACGUAUUGUAGUCAGGGUGGACCUGCUGGACAAGCAGGUAGUGUAGAAAGGGUAGACCUGCUGGCCAGGCAGGCAGUGUAGAUAGCGUGGAUCUACUGGCCAGGCAGGUAGUAUAGACAGGGUGGACCUGCUGGACAAGCAGGUAGUAUAGACAGGGUGGAUCUGCUGGGCAGACAGGCAGUGUAGAUAGCGUGGAUCUACUGGCCAGGCAGGUAGUAUAGACAGGGUGGAUCUGCUGGGCAGUCAGGUAGUGUAGAUAGGGUGGAUCUACUGGCCAGGCAGUUAGUGUAGACAGGGGGGAUCUGCUGGACAGGCAGGUAGUAUAGACAGUGUGGAUGUGCUGGAGAGGCAGGUAGCAUAGACAGAGCGGAUCUGCUGGACAGGCACGUAGUGUAGACAGAGUGGAUCUGCUGGAUAGGUAAGUAGUAUAGAGAGGGCGGGUCUGCUGGACAGGCAGGUAGUGGAGAUAGCAUGGAUCUAUUGGCCUGGCAGGUAGUAUAGGCAGGGUGGAUCUGCUGGGUAGGCAGGUAGUGUAGACAGAGUAGACCUACUGGACAGGCAGGUAGUAUAGACAGUGUGGAUGUGCUCGAGAGGCAGGUAGCAUAGACAGGGCGGAUCUGCUGGACAGGCAGGUAGUGUAGACAGAGUGGAUCUGCUGGACAGGCAAGUAGUAUAGACAGGGCGUGUCUGCUGGACAGGCAAGUAGGGGAGAUAGCGUGGAACUACUGCCCAGGCAGGUAGUGUAGACACGGUGGAUCUGCUGGGAAGGCAGGUGGUGUAUACAGGGUGUACCUGCUGGAGAAGCAGGUAGUGUAGAGAGGGUGGAUCUGCUGGGCAGGCGGGUAGUGUUGACAGGGUGGACCUGCUGGACAAGCAAGUAGUGUAGACAGUGCGGAUUUGCUGGCCAGGCAGGUAGUUUAGAUUGCGUGGAUCUACUGGUCAGGCAGGUAGUAUAGACAGGGUGGAUCUGCUGAGCAGGCAGGUAGUGUAGACAGGGUGGAUCUGCUGGACAAGCAGGUAGUAUAGACAGGGCGAAUCUGCUGGGCAGGCAGGUAGUGUAGACAGCGUGGACCUGCUGGACAGGCAGAUAGUAUAGACAGGGUGGAUCUGCUCGACAGGCAGG